AUGCUGCCUCGUAGCACCAAAAAUGGUUUCCCUUACUUUCAAGCCAUCAUUACACCGAAGAGUUCAAAACAGCCUCCUCAGACAAGCGCCAUCUUGGCUCUCGACUGCUCUGAUAUUUACUCGAGUGGGGUAAAUGACAGUGGCGUUUACAGCGUCUCCUCAGUAGAUGGGCCGGUGCAGGUCUACUGCCACAUGGUGCCCACCGGACAGCACGAGAGAGGCCACUGGACGGUGAUUCUCAGACGAAUGGACGGCGAGGUGAAUUUCUUCAGGCCAUGGGACAGUUAUAAACAGGGUUUUGGCAACAAAGAAGGCGAACACUGGCUGGGUUUGGAGUUUAUGCACCUGCUGACACGCAGGAAUCGGUAUAAACUGAAAGUAGAUUUGGAGGAUUUUGAUGGGACGACGGCUUACGCUUUGUACGAGUCCUUCUCUGUGGAUUCUGAGGCUGAUGGGUACAAACUGCAUAUCAGCGGCUUCGUAAACGGAGGAGCAGGUGACUCUUUGAGUUAUCACAGUGGAAUGAAGUUCUCCACCUUUGACAAAGACCAAGACAUGUGGGAAGGUGCCUCCUGUGCUUUAACAUACAAUGGAGGGUUUUGGUACAAUAAUUGUCAGUACACAAACCCCACUGGUCUGUAUUUCUGGGGGAAAGAUGAUGGCACUUUGCGUAUUGGGACCCACUGGAACGGCUGGAAGAACAGUAUGAAAUCUCUGAAGUCCAUCACCAUGAAGAUCAGACGCGAGAUGUAG